GAACAAUUAUAGCGAUAAUAGCUACUAAGCGUACUGGAGUACCAGGCAUAGAUACAGGCUCUAUAAGUAUGCGAUGUUGUCGCUGGUGAACAUAUUUCCAUCACAUCAACACUCACCAACAAGCAACCACUACAUCCUUUCAUCCCCUUAUUUCCUUUCCAUUUCCUUGGAUCUGUCUUCCUUCUAUCUUCUUAGAAAAUAGCAAAACACCCAACAACCAUCACCAUGCAGUACUCAACCAUCUUCCUUUCAGCACUCUUUGCUACCUCAGCCCUGGCACGCCCGGCCCGUCGCUCAGCUUCGGACAACUCCAUCCGCGUCCAACUCUCCGGCCCCGGCGAGCUCGCUACUCAGACAGCCUUCGAAGAGGGCUGGCGUCAAGUCAAGCGCCCCCAGGGCUCCUCCGGCCCCUACGAUACCGUAGCUCUUGAAGUUGGCAAGGAUGUGAAGCAACAGGGCCUCCGCUGCCAGGUGCGCAACGAACACAACGAGCCCAUCGUCGUACUCCGAAAUGGCAACCGCGACAUCACCUUCGCUGACGGCGACGCCGGAUCCUGGACCUUUGAGAGCGGUGCGCAGGAAGUUGUUGCUAUCAUUUGCGACCCGACCUUCGUCAAGGGCGUCGCUCCUCCCGCCGCGCCUGCCCCUACACCCAUCGCGCAACCUCCCAUUAACGUUCGUAUCUCCGGUCUCAGCGAGUUCGCACGCAACAUCGCAUUCAAAGAAGGCGGCCUUGUUCGCGAGAUCCAGCCCGCAGGUGGCGCGGAUGUCAACACCUUUGAGCUCACGCUCGACCCUGCGGUCAAGAAGCAGGACUUGAGGUGCCAGGUCCUCGACAAGGCCGGUUACCCGAUCAUUGGCAAGCGAGGUGCCAACGUCGACGUUACCUUUGCGGAUGGUGGAAAUGGCCCUUGGACUUUCAUCAACAAGAAGGGCGAGCACAUCACUGUUGAUACUAGCGCUGUCAUCUGCGACCCAGCUUUUGUUAAGGCUUCUGCGUAAGCGAUGAAUUGCUUGCAGUCACGGUACAUUUCUAGGGGACAAGAUUGGUUUCAUGCAUAGCGAUGGUGUUGAGAUUCAUCUAGACCGGGGUUUUUGUUUUCUCUUUUGCCUUAUAUUCUUUCCUAGCUGUCUCUCCUUCUUCAUAAUGCUCUACAAAUAAUGGCAUCACUCAUUUGCCG